GCUGAGGGCCCGUGGUGAUGCUGGGGGGGAGUGGGACACACAGGGAUGGUAUGAUUGUAAUGAGAUGGGGGUGGGGGGUAACGAUGGGAUGAGGACCCGUGUUGGUGCUGUGGGUUGUCACAGCUCCGUCUGAUCGGGAUGUGUGAGAUUUCAAAGUCACUCUUGGCUAAACGGAGGUGAAAUGACAGCAAGCAGUCAGUUAAAUGUUUAUUUGUAUCCCAGUGUGACACUUAGCACAAGAUGCAGAGGUUGUAUGGGCAUAUAUGAGUCACUGUUAGAAUCACAGAAUCAUUCAGGUUGGAAAAGACCUCAAAGAUCAUCGAGUCCAACCAUGACCUAACCAUACUACCCUAACUGUUACAACCCUCUGCUAAGUCAUGUCCCUGAACAUCACAUCCAAACAAUUUUUAAACACAUCCAGGGAUGGUGACUCAACUGUCAUUCUGGGCAGCCCAUUCCAAUGCUUAACAACCCUUUCUGUAAAGAAGUUUUUCCUGAUAUCACAAAAUCACAGAAUUGUAGAGGUUGGAAGGGACCUCCAGAGAUCAUCGAGUCCAACCCCCCUGCCAAAGCAGGUUCCCUACAUCAAUAUACAACCUAAACUUCUCCUGGUGCAACUUAAGGCUUUUCCCCUUGUCCUGUUAAAAGAUGUACUCUCUACAUUCCAGAAAUAGAUGCUUACUUACACUAACUUCAUGUAUAUAUAAAAAAAAAUUCAACUCUUCUGGUACACAGUAGAAUUGAAUGAAAUGCACUCGGUGCAAAUGACAUCAAUUCUGAGCAUCAGUCACAGGAAGUAGUGACAGGGCAAGAAGUAAUAGCCUUGAGUUGUGCCAAAGGAGGUUCAGGUUGGAAAUUAGGAAAAAUUUAUUCUCAGAAAGAGUGGUUAGGCACUGGAACAGGCUGCACAGGGAGGGGUGGAAUCAUUGUCCCGGAUGUUCAAGAAAAGGGUAUGGCACUGAAGGACACCUAUAGUGAAUAUGUUGGUGAUGGGUUGAUAAUUGUACUAGCUGAUCUUAGAAGUCUGUUACAACCUCAAUAAUUCUAUGAAAAUCCUUUGCCACAGUAACAGGAUUUGGACCAAGGUGUCUGAGUACCACGCUUGAAUCUUUUGAUUAUACACAGCAUGGUUUUGUGUGGCAUUUUAUGACAGAAGUGAAUGCUCACUCACAGUUCCACUGACUGAUACAAAUACUGACCUACCAGCAGAAAUCUUGCAAGGAAAGCUGGAAUAGAAGAAAUAUAAGAUGUUAUUGUGAGUCUAAGUGGUUCACUAAGUAUGGGGAUUCAGGAAAGCAAGACAUCAGACAAGAGAUGACACACUGAGAGCAAUGCUACAGCUCGUCAUUGUUGUCAGCCUUCCAAGCCCUGCUGCCAGUGGGUUUUCCCUUUCUCAGUGCAUGCAGCUUCUGGGAUCAAGAGAUAAAGGAAGAGAUAAAGGAAGAAAAAAGCUUCCUGUCGGGGUUGGCAUCCAGCAUCUGGAGCCAUGGAAGAGCAGCCAGCUUCUCCCGCUUCUGAUUCUCCCUUUUCUCUGCGGCGGGUCUGCAUUUCUGAAGAUGAACCUGAAGAUGAAGAGCAGGAAGAAACUCCGGAGGAGGAUACAACCCAAGUACAGAUGGAAAAAGACUCCGUGAAGCAAGACAGGAUUGGUUCUCCUCGAUGUUCAGCACGGUGCUGGCAAGGACGAGGUUCUCUUAUCCCACAGGGCAUGGAAAGCCCAGGCGAAAGGGUGGGAGAGGAACCUGAGGAGCUGCAGCCAUGCAGGAAGCACCGGCUGAACCUGAAGCCCAAAACAAGCCUGGUCCCAACAUCUCCAGGAGAGGGAGAAAGAGCUGAAGAGCCAGGGCCCUCAAGGGGAAAGAGGCUGCGCUUGAUCUGGGGCCAGUCCAGUGACUUCCGACGGAAGAAGAAUCUUGGGGAGAAUGGGUUGGAGGAAGCUCCCAUGUUGUCACAGAGCAGCGAAGAGGAGGAAGAGGAGGGAAAAGCUUCUCGGUCUUGCUCCCCUGAGCCACCUCUUCACGGUGAUGCUCGUCCCAAGCCAGAUUUUGUGCAGCUGAUUGAUGAGCACGGCAUUUACUCCACGGCCAAGCUGGUAUUGGGCAGCGCGGCGGGUGAGCUGGAGGAGGCAGCAGUGGUGCUGCCCCCACACCUGAAGCGUGGAGCAAGCGGGGCCACUGAGUUUGAGAUCCGUGAGGUGAUUGUGGACGAGAAACCCUUCCAGUGUGGUGUGUGUGAGAAAGCCUUCAAACGUGCUUGGGAGCUCUUCAGCCAUGAGGUUGUGCACAAUGAGGAGCGGCCUUUCCGCUGCGAUCUCUGCGAGGCUUCUUUCAAGCGACACUCGGACUUCAAGAGCCACCGCUUGGUGCACACAGAGGAGCGUCCCUUCCGAUGCGAGCUCUGUGGGAAGCGUUUCAAACGUUCUUCUAACCUCCAGGAGCACCGGCGCAUCCAUACGGGUGAACGUCCCUUCCACUGCGCCUGCUGUGACAAGAGCUUCAAGACACCCUACGAGCUGCAGCGUCAUACCCUGACCCACUGCACCGAGAAACCCUUCAAGUGCGCAGAUUGUGGGAAGGAUUUCCCCACUUCCAAUGCCCUCCUCCUGCACCAGAGGCAGCACUGCGACGACAAGCCCCACGUCUGCGGUGUCUGUGGUAAGAAAUUCACCUACGGCCACAGCCUUAAGGUUCAUGAGCGUGUGCACACGGGUGACCGGCCCUUCGUCUGCCCGCUCUGUGGAAAAGGUUUCAAGCAGUCCAAUGCGCUUUCCUCUCAUGAACGUGUGCACACAGGUGAGCGGCCCUUUGUCUGCAAAACCUGCGGGAAGGCCUUCAAGCAGUCGUCCUACCUCGUGAUCCAUGAGCGGGCGCACACUGGGGAGCGACCCUACAAAUGCGAAGCGUGUGGGAAAGCCUUUGCCCGCCCCUCCUUGCUGCUGCAGCACCACCGCGUGCACAGCCAGGAGCGGCCCUACAAAUGCAGCUUCUGCCACAAGUUCUUCAAGGACUUGGCCUACCUGGCAGUGCAUGAGAAGGUGCACACAGGCGAGACCCCCUACAAGUGCAGUGUCUGCGACAAGGGCUUUGCUCAUCCCUCCAACCUGCUGCAGCACCAGCGCGUGCACCGUGAUGGCUGAACCAGAGCAGUGUGCAUAGCAUGAGUGUUUUGAGGCCAAGAAGCCUGAAGCAAGAAGUGAGCAUGCUACAAGCAUGCGUGCAGCCCCAGGCUGGCCCACUUACACAAGCAAGCCAUGUGUGGAGGACCUGGAGAGGAGGCCAAAAUGUGGGUGCUGCUGCAGGUCUUCUCCUGACCCCCAUCCCACUGGGGCCUCUGCUGCAUGGCUUCUCUCUGCCAAACCCUGACAUACGUUGCUCUCUCCUGCUUCCAACAAAGUGAUCUCACAGGAGUGGUCGCUGAGACUCCUGUCCCCCGACCUGCAGGAAGGUAAAGUGCUGUUCUCAAGCACUGCUGGCUGCAGACUUGCUGGUGCAGACUUGCUGGUACAAGCUGAAGCUUGUGGUACUGUGAGUCUUGUGCUAUAGUGGCUUGCAGAGGCGAGCUGCUUUGACCAAGGCUGCAGUGCAGCUGAGAGAUGACAUCCAGAGCUCUGACAGCACUGUAGGAAGUCCUGUAUUUAGCUGAUACUAAGGAAUGCUUCUCUUCUCCUCAGUGUUUCAAGAAGAGCUGCCCAGUCAUCCCUGUAAGUUCCCAUAACUCAGCCUUGCCCUGCAACAGGCCCCAUCAGCAUGUCUGCAUUAAGCUUGGAGUUACAUUGCUGUUCUCCUUGAGUGCAAGACAUGGGCUGGGAGCUCCUGGAUAUCCCCUUAUUGUAGGGGUACACUGAGUCUUGCAGCAGAAGGAGACAGUGCUGUCAAUUUUGGAGGAGAAUAAGUGCAUUGGUGUAAAGUAUGAUUGGGAACAGCAAUGCUUGAACACCUCACAUUUCUUUUAGAGCAUAAAUGUCCCGUCCAUAUUUCACUCUGCUGCUGCUGAUCAGGUUGAUGACAAUAACGCCCUUUCCCCUGCUGUGCAGGGUCCACGCUGGCAUUUUGCUGGUACAGAAGGCUGCUUCCAGUGUUCCAGCAUUCCACUGGCUGCAAGUUGUGUGUUCUUAAGCUUUGGCCUCGAGGCACAAGGGAAGAUUUGGGUGACCGUGGGGAGCCAGAGUAGGGAAGAGGGAGUGCUGGUCCCUAUUAUGUCGCUGGUGGAAUGCUGGUGGAGUUGAUGGGGGAGAGGUGCUGAGCCACACAAUAGCCACCUCACCUCUCCCACUCUGGAGGAAAAAGCCUGGCAUCUCAAGUUGGAAAGACUUACCCUCUUUUCUGUGCCAUGGUGCUUUGUGAGGCUGUUACGAAGCAGAAAAGGGGGGAUACACAAAUUGUUUGCAGGAUCUGUAUGAGGAAGCGGAGAGCAGAAAACCAGCCUUGGGUCCUCUUUGUUUCCAUACAGUGCAUCCCUAGUGGCAGCACCAGAUCUAGAGCCACCUGAGCUGCUGCUGAAAUCUGAAUUUGUUCUCUUUGACUGAUAGCUGCUGCUGGGCAGAGGGUGGCAUGUAGACCUUUUCUUGUAAAAGCAAGACCCAAGUCCCUUGGGGCACCAUCAGAGUCCCGUCCUCACAUCUGAGCCGCUUUGGAGGGACCUGGUGUCACGGUCACCUUCUUGCACACUGGGUCUGUGGGACUGGAGGUGCCAACCCUCAGACUCCUCAUGGUCCCAGUCCUACCCUGUCCCCAUUUUGUACGGUUUGAAAGCAGGUGUACACUCCUCAGCACUCUGCACACUAAUUAAAGGAUGGUUAUUUAAUGCUGUCUCUUGUAUCAUUGCUGG